AUGGAAAAUGUCAACGUUGAGGGAUCUGUGCGAAGGCCAGGUCUCAACGAGGCCACCAACGGCGCACUGAGUUCUACAGGGUUUAAUGAAAAGUCUGGUCAACGACAUGCCCUUCCAAACGGCCCGAUUCAUACGAAUGGCACAGGACGUGAAGCCGACAACUCAAAUCAACUGUCCAAGACGAAACGCGCCGAAGAGCUUGCUCUAACACCUUUCGAAAUCCCUCAUAUCACCCAAGGUUUCUUCCCAUUCGGAACACUAGUCAAUCGGGCUGUGCAGAACUGUUGGAAUGAGUUAUCAGAGUUGAUCUCGGAACUGGCGACUAUUCAGGUGCCACCAGACCAUUCAACUGCCCCUGGCGCAACCGGAAAAUCCCCCGGGAACCAGUCUGCGCAGAACAUGCACAAGAAGCUCAAGAUUCUAGAAUGGGGACAAGCCAAGAGAGCGGAGUUUAUCAAGCUCCUUGUCCUCUCAGAUUGGAGCCGACAAGCGGCAGAAGUCAGCCGGCUUAUCGAUAUCCAAGGAUUCAUUCGCACUCGGCAUCAGGCAUACAUGAAUGCGAUGAACUUUGUGGGUGUUAUGAAGCAGGAUCUUGUUCGAGCACAGGUGGCCAACCCAGAUCUGAAAACGGCACUCGAGGUUCUCGCCAAGGGCAGGGUGACCUCGCUACCAGAUUUUGGCUACAAACCCCCAAAGCCGCUGUCCGCGCGCGCAACUCUCAAGAAAUUGCACAAGAUCAACCGUAUCAUUAGUGCGAGGUUAAUCUUGCAAGAUCAAGUACCACAUGCCUUGCGACAAUACCGCGUUCAUGAUGGUCGGGUUACUUUCACAGUGGCUGGGGAAUUCGAACUUGACCUUUCCGUCGCGCAGGAGGAAAAGACCUCUCAGUUCUUCUUCGUUGACAUUCGAUUCCUUUUCACCCCCUCUUCCCCAAUUCCCAAAGGCCGCAUCCUCAAUGAGCUCGAGGUUGAGGUCAACCGAAUCCUCUUUAACGAUGGCCUGCUUGCAUGCUUCAAUUUCCUCCACGGCUUGGUCUUAACGAAUAAGGUCAACACUCUCUUCAGACAAGCUCAAGAGCUUGCACGAGGGCUAUGGUCAGAUUUAUUACGCAUUGAGCUGCUUCAUCGUACCCUUGUCGUUCAGUACUGGCCAUCUAGGGCAGGACCCAAGAGCUGGAUCGAGAUCGGCGUCCGAAGGGGUAGCGCUGACCCGAGUAUCAAGGUUCCACAACUCAAUCUCCGCUGGAUGCGCGAUGGCCAGCAAACAAACAGCACUGAUGUCAAGUUCGAUACGGACGCACUCUCAAUGGAGCGCAUCCUUCGAAGCGUGAUUGCACUACAUACAUCCCAUGUGCUUUCCUCUGCGUACACCACCUUGAAAAAGCAUCUUCUGUUUACCAACCAUGUCCUAUCUCUACGAGGCCAGCUUUCUUCGUCAGAGCCCAGCGAUUGUUAUCUUGACUUGCAACUAACUACCACUCGGCAUCUGCGGGUCUCCAUCGAGCCUCAGUCUGGCACAGUCACGCUCGCUGGUACACCCAGUGUGAUGGAACGGUUUGAAGGCGACCGAGUGCCGGGAAAGUCAGCAGUGGAAGAGCUAUUAUCUCGGAUCGCUCGCCUUCGUUGUGGCACUGCCGUGGAGGAGAUCGAAUCCGGCACCAAGGCACUUGGCCUGAAUAGUGUCAAUCCCAGAACAUUUGGACUUGACAAUCGCAAACUCUUCCCACCUCAUACCGUCCGCUCAGCUUUCUUUACUCAUCAAACGUGGGAUCAUCGCUGGAUCGCCGCUGCAACAAGCAGCAUGGACGGCGAUCACUGGUGGCUGGUGCAACUGCGGCCAGAGGCUCGGCGCUCAGCGCUGCCAUUUGCAAUUACUGAUGGCACUUCAAGUCCAGCCCUGGCGCAUGCUGUCAGCGGCACUCUGAUGGGAGCGGGACGUCGCUUUGAUUACACUACGUGUGCAGAGCUCGUGUACGGUCUGACCGGUAUGCUAGCGAUUUAUGCAAACGCUCGAUGCUUGACAGACUUCCCAGGCGUGCGUUUCCAACCGCCUCUGGAGAAACUACAGUUGGAGUCGGACCUGCAGGUUCCAGAUCUCUACAUUGACUACCAACCGUCCAUGCUCCCCGCGGCGUUCCAAAUACCCCUGCCUGCUUCACACUUGCAGAAAGGCUCCUUCUUGGGGAACACAAUUCGUCUUUCCUUCCAAGGCGUCGAUCAAAAAAGCAAUUUUGCAGUUUUAGUGGCGUACGGUACUUUCCAGCGGCGUAUCAAGUCUCUUGGUCUCCUUGUCUCGCAAGUGGAUCCCGAUGUUCUCGUGCAGGACAAUGGAGGCGGUUUCGCACUUCGGCUGGUUGUUGCAGCAGGACAACCCGGUGUCAUCGGUCUCUUUGAGCGCUUGCAACGCCUCGACUGCAUGAUCUAUGUCCUCCAAAGACUCAUCCAGAAGGGCAUGGAGCCUCGGUCAUUGUCCCUCUCUCAAUUCACAUUCCUCUACGGUCCAGAGAAAAAGUUGCGGGCCAAGUUCAGCAUCAAUGUCUCAGGGCCCACACUAUCGGCACACAUUGAUAUCCCCCAGGUCAUCUCACAGGCCGCUCCCCUUUUCCGCCUCCGCUUGGGGCUCAGCUUCGACAGCCCCAGCCCCCACCGUCGUAUCCAAGAGUCUCUUGCCGUUGUACUUAAUCACCGCUUCGCCGAGGUCGGUAUCGAUCCUAUUCUCGUCCUGAUGGCCGAUUCCUUCCCCCUCCUGCGCAGCCUGGAUCAAAUUAUCACGAAACCAGUCCAGUCAGAGUCUACCUUGGUGCACGUCAUCGUGCGCAGCCCCACCGUCUUCCAGAUUCACUAUCCCCGGCUUAGAUAUCGAUUCCGACUGUCAACUCAUUUGCGACAGGGCCGGACAGAGUGGCUACUCGAGGAUGCCAACCGCCCGCCUCCAGUGGAGCCCAACCCAGUCUCGGAUGUUGUCCGCGAAAAGGUCUACAACGCUAGGGGUGAUGGCUGGCAGGGUCUCGGAGACGGUGCCAGAGCAUCUACCCAACGUGUUGGAGAUCUUCUCUUCAAGCUUCACGAGUCUCUCGGCACGUGUCAGCCCGUGCCCGAACCUGUCCUGGAGAGCACAAACGGGGAUGUGAAACUCGCACAGGCUAAACCUGCCUUGAAGCCUCCGCAGGAGAAACCUGCACCCCCGGCACAAACGAAAGCCAAGACGCCCUCGCCAAAGAAGAAAAAGGCCGUGGCAAACAACGAUGUCAUCACGAUCGAUUAA